AUGGAGGAGGAGUUGCAGCAUUCACACUGUGUGAAUUGUGUCAGCAGACGGUGUAUGACUAGACCCGAGCCUGGCAUUUCUUGUGACUUGAUUGGUUGUUCAUUGGUUUGUGGAGCUGUUUUUCAUUCUUGUAAAGCUGAAGAGCAUCGACUUUUAUGCCCAUUUUAACGCGUGCCUUGCUUAAAUAGUGAUUUUGGAUGUCCAUUUACAAUGGCUCGAAAUAAAGUUGCUGAACAUCUAGAAACGUGUCCUGCAAGUGUUGUGUGCUGUACUAUGGAGUGGAACCGUUGGCCCUUUAGCUACGCAGACCGGAAAUCCUAUGAGAAUCUCAGUCGGGACGUUGAUGAAGUAGCACAAUUAGAUAUGGCCUUGGCCCUUCAAGACCAACGAAUGCUCUUAGAAUCUCUCAAAGUCGCCACCAUGAUGUCAAAAGCUACUGACAAAGUAUCAGGUCCCAGAGAACAAAUCUCCGUAAAAUCAAGUGUUCCAGAAAUCGCACAUGCCAAUGGUUUGGUAUCUGUUGAUGAAGAAUCUUAUGGUGCACUUUAUCAAGCUACUGUAGAAACAACUAGAAGUUUGGCUGCUGCUUUAGAUAUCCUGAAUACCGCCACAAGAGACAUUGGCCUGUUAAGUACAAAUCUUUGUGCUUCCCCAAGGGAAAUGGAUGAAGAGCAGGAUGCUGGAGAAAGCUUACAGAGUAGAAAUUCAAAAGACCAAGACGGUCCUGAUGAGGAUGAAAUUGGAGCAGUGGGUGGAAUUAAUCGUGACACACACCUGAAUGCUCUGUCUGAACAGAAUGGUUCCAGUGAUUUAUUAUGUGACUCGAAUACCAACUCAUAUGGAACUUCUGCUCUUUGUAAUGGCUUUCCUGCGGGAGAUAUAUGUACGCAUGUCCUAGAUCAGGAUGAGGACUUGCAUGGGGAUUCAAAACAAAGUACCUUAACAAAUGGAGAAUGCGUAGCAUCAGAUGGCUCUUCAGAUCCUUCCGGCUCAAUCUCAAUAGCAGCGCAGCUUCGGGAAGUUAUCCCAUCCAACACUUUACCCAACGGUACAGUUCAGCAUCUCCUCCUGCCCAGUGAAGAGGAUGAAGGGGAAUUGUAUUGGCGAAAAAUAGGCUUAGGAGACUUGCGAAAUUUAGAUGCCUUACCUAUCAGUCAUACGCCUUCGUUCAAAUUUAUUUCUAAUUCGUUGUGGUCGAAGCCAAAGGAAGAUAAAGCCGUUGAUACAUCAGAUUUGGAAGUUGCUGAGGAUCCAAUGGGCCUCCAAGGAAUAGACCUCAUCACAGCAGCGUUACUGUUUUGUCUAGGAGAUUCUCCAGGCGGAAGGGGCAUAUCUGAUAGCCGCGUGGUUGAUGGUUAUCACAUUGACUUUGGGACACAGACUUUCUCCCUUCCAUCUGCAAUAUUAGUUACAAACACCAUGGUAGGGGAAAUUGCUUCGGCUUCAGCUUGCGAUCAUGCCAACCCUCAAUAUCAAUAA